CUACUUGUCGUCCCCUGCACUGUGUGUAGCGUCUACACCAUUCUGCCUCGGUUGUUUCUCACCAGCUUUCCCUUCCUCUCCAUUAUUGGCGUCAAAGCCUGCGCCCUCGUCGAGAUCAGGCAGAUCUGACGGGAAAUAAGACACGCCGGUGUUUGAACGAGGUACGAAGAGCCUGUCGGCCCGUUGCCGUCUCCUUACCAUCUUCAUUGUCGUCAUUGUCGUCACUGUCCUCUUCCUCGCCUCCCAUUCCUUCCAUGCCGCCCAUCCCGCCUAAGCCGCCCAUCCCGCCUAAGCCACCCAUCCCACUCAACCCGCCCAUGCCGCCAAGCUGCGAGAGGUCGAGGCCGUCCAUGCCCAUGUCGAGGUCCUUGAGGUUACCCUCCUCCUCGUCGUCCGUGUCAACCCACUUGUUCCAGUCGCACUUGAGCCAGUGCAGCUUGCCACCCUCCUUGGUCAGCUUGGGCCAUCGCGCCUCCUCCUCCUUCACAAGCUUCAGCUGGAAGUUACGCGACUGGGACUCGUAGAUCUUGGACUCCUGCAUAAGCACACAUCGCCCCAUCUUGUUAUCCGGUCUUGUUAUGCCACAUCCCUGCCCGUACCUCCUUCUUGACAGGCGCGUAGAGGUCGAGUUUGAACUCGUAGUCGGUUUCUCCCGCAUGCGCCUUGAAACGCAGUGAUUCAGACUCCAGGUCGAUCUUCAGGCUAUCCUUCUGCACGUCGUCGCACUGCACGUCCACAGUCAGGAAGAUGUAGUCCUUGCGUUGCGCCCACAAGACGGGAGGAUGAACGGUCUUCUCACUGAACGGCAGAAGAUGGAGAUGAUAUCGCACGCGUUUGAACUGACGUCUGUCUCACCUCAU